UUCUUCCCAACCCACUAUUAAGAGACUUCAUGUUGGUAGCUUGAAACUGGCCAUGGAAGGAAUAUUUACAGAAACUGGGUAACAAUACAAAACAUUUGCUCCCCCAAACUGGUUGUUACACGUCUACCAGCAUAGUACUGAUGUCGAUGGUAGAAUCCAGAGCAUGAAUUCUCUCCUAUUGUGGCCUUACUGGACAUUUGGGCCUGGUUCAAGGAAGGCCUCAGGGGCUUUACAAACACUAUAUUCUUUCUGACUGGUAUAUUGCUGGGGGCUCUGUGUUGACUCUGGAGAGGUUGAUGCGGAGAAAGUUUGAGUGAGGAGUGAUACAAGCUCUGAUGAAUCCCUUAGGGCCUGCUUGGUAAGAUAAAAUGAGAAGUGCCAAAAGCGAGGGUUUCCAUUUCCUGGCUGCUCUAAUUUAGUAGAAUGUGGGGAGGCUGGUUGGAGAGACCUGGGGCCCGCGGUGGUACUGCGUGCGGUCGCGUUGGCAGUGCUGCAGUCCUUUUGCCCUUUCUACCGUCAGGAGGCGCUCCUGAGAGGCCCCCAGGCCCGCGUGGCGACGCUCUAGCCGCCGUUUCCUUCAGGCCGCCGGCGGGGCGUUGGCAAGCUCUCGGGCCGGGAGAAAGCCGCCUCGGUUCGCGCAGCGGGCAUGGCGCGGCUCCCGGAGCUCGCCGUCUUCCAUCUGGAUUAUACGCUCUGGCCGUUCUGGGUGGACACGCACGUGGACCCGCCGUUCCACAAAAGCAGAGAUGGGACUGUGCGCGAUAGACGAAGCCACCCAGUACGACUGUACCCAGAGGUGCCUCAGGUCCUAGAACGGUUGCGGGGUCUUGAGGUGCCCGUCGCGGCCGCUUCCCGGACAGGUGAGAUUGAAGGAGCCAACCAGCUACUGGAGCUCUUUGACCUUGUCAAAUACUUUGUUCAUCGGGAAAUCUAUCCAGGCAGUAAAGUCACACACUUUGAGAGGUUGCAACAGAAGACUAGAAUUUUUUUCUCCCAGAUGAUCUUCUUUGAUGAUGAGAAGAGGAAUAUCAUAGAUGUCAACAAACUGGGUACUAAGUGGUGUUACCUGCAUUCAUGUCCAGAAUGGAAUGAGUCUUCAGACCCUAACUGAAGGAUUAGAGGUAUUUGCAAAGGCCCAAGCUGGACCCUGAGGUCCAGUCCUCAGGAUGAAGAUGAGCCUCAGUGGAGGCAUAAAACUGAAAGGCGACCAAGAAAGCAUUUAGGUGUAUUUGUAAAUUAUUAAAAUGUAUUUAUGUGUGACAGAGA